UCAGUUGCCAAACAAUCGCUAGAGAGCGUGGUCGAGAUCUAGCCAAACGAAUCGCGCUCAGAGCCAGAACGGGUUGAAUCGGAUCGGUUUGGACUGGAUUGGUGUUCCGAUCUGGCCAAAAAACACCUUUGUGCGUACAGGCGUACGGAUGAAAUCGGCAACAAUACGGAGCCACGAUGCCGCGCAAGCUGCUUAAAUUCCUUAUCAUCUUCGACAACACUUCUCUACUGUACUUCCCGGGCCAGUUCCUCUCCGGACGGGUUCUAAUCGAACUGCAGGACGAGACCCCUGCUUUGGGACUUCAUUUUCAUGUGGUAGGCGAAGGAGUGGUGCGCAACGGGCGGCGGCAGGAGCGGACAUAUGACAAGGAGAACUAUAUCGACUUCCGGAUGCGGCUCCUGGGAGACGUAGACCAAGGAGGUCCAGCCAUACUCUCGCCAGGAAUUCACAGCUUCCCCUUCAAACUCGGCUUGCCACUGGGCCUGCCAUCCACAUUUCUCGGUCGAUAUGGCUGGAUUCAGUUCUACUGCAAGGCGGCGCUCCGCGAGAACAAUGGCAUAAUCCACAAGAACCACCAGGUCUUCAUUGUGAUGAAUCCCAUUGACUUAAACCUUGAGAAGCCCAUCUUAGCACAACCUUUUACCUGCGAAGUGGAGCACAAGCUUGGCGUCGUCUGCGUUGGUGGAGGUCAGAUUAAGUGCAGGGUGUCCCUUGAUCGCGGUGGCUAUGUGCCCGGCGAGAAUAUUCUGGUCACUGCAUUUAUAUCCAACUACAGCAAUGUGUCCAUUAAGCGGACUAAGGCAUCGCUCACUGAGACCAUCGAGUAUUUGGCGCGGGGAAAGGUGGUGCAAACGGAAAAGAGGGAGCUGGCUGUCUUAGUUCGCGGCAAGAUCCGUCCGGGGGCCAAGGACGAGUGGCACAACGAGCUUUACGUUCCGCCCCUGCCGCCGACCAAUCUGCAUGGCUGCCACCUGAUCAAGAUAUCCUACGACGUGUUCUUUGUGAUCGAACCCAAGUCCAUGGAGAAGGAGAUUAAGCUGCAGCUUCCCAUCGUACUGGCGACGUACCCCUUCCGACACUCCAGUGAUGCGGUCAAUGCCAACACAUGGCCGGAAUCGGUGCUUAAGCCGGACACGCACACCCACUAUCCGUCCACCCUGCCCAUAUUCCGGCCCUGGCUGCACGAGAAGCCUAGCGAGGCAUAGCCCCGGCUCCUAGGAUUUCCGUGUCUCACAAUUUGUUAAGACCGAUUUGCGCCAUACAACAAUUUAAACUUAUUUAACUCAUACUUACUGUUUCCAAUGUUUUUGGUCUUUGCACUUGUGUGUUUCCAAUUCGUUUCCAA